AGCUGUCAGGGACCCAUGAUAAAUCGCAAUGCAUUAUUGAUAAUCAUAAUUACUCGGACAUGCGCAUUUCUCGGUGAAGGGGGGUAAUUACCCGACUCUAGGAAUUUGUUGAGUAGAAGGACAUAAUUGCUAUUAUUUGGCUUCUGAUGCUUGGACCAUGUCGAGGCGCAAGCAGGCUAAACCCCAACACCUCAAUUCGGAGGAGCAGACAUGUGCUGACCAGCAAGACUGCCCAAAUGACAAUGGGGACUGUGAAAGGAAAGUAAAGAUGUGCAGGAUGGAAGAAACUCAUGUCUGCGAGAAGUGUUGUGCCGAGUUUUUUGAGUAUUCAGAAUUCCUCGAGCAUAAGCAGAGCUGCACCAAGAAUACCCAGGUUCUUAUCAUGAAUGAUGGGGAGUCGGGAGUUCCUGGCGACUCCUGUACGUCCGCUUCUUCUGAAGAUGCCUCCGAGCCGACCGAUAACAUCGCAAGUGACUUCGCGACAAAGAACUCUCCUGACCCGGUGGAGAAGCUGGAUGUCAAGGCGGAUGCUGCAAAACUUAAAACCGUCCCUCAGCCCGCUCCUAAGACCAAUGGUCAUGGCUACCUUUCAAAAACCAGUGUGUCGAACACGAACGUGACUUUACAGACUAUCAACAGCACUAAAGUGGCUGUUAACCAGCAUGUAUCGGAUGGGGUUACAACAACGACAUCCAACCCCAACGCCAUUCCCAUGAUCCUUGAACAAUUAGUAUGCCUACAACAGCAGCAACUUCAACAGAUCCAACUCACUGAGCAAAUCCGCAUUCAGAUAGCAAUGAUGGCUCCCAACUCCUUACACCCAUCAAUUGCCGCAGCCACAGACCCUUUAAAAGCUUUGGGUGCUCAUCUGUCUCAGCAGCUGUCUGCCGCUGUUGCUUUAAUUGGACAAAAAGCAGGAACGCAAAAUCUUACCAUGGAGUCUUUAAAGCAGGGCAAGCUACCUCAUGCUAACAUGCCCAUACCGUCUAGCACUAUUCCUCUAACGCUCUCCAACUCUCUCUUGAAACCUGAAGCUAGCAGAGGCCUUUCAAGAUUCCCAAACCCUGUGCUACCUCAUUCCCCUGGCACUGUUAUCUUCCAGAAUCCCCUUUCAGCCGCAGAUUCUGCAAAAAAACUCAAAGGGAAGUUUCCGAAUAUGCCCACUCCUGAGAGCAAGCCAAGUAACGAAGACCAGUUCUUCAAACACAAAUGUAAGUUCUGCGGCAAAGUGUUUGGCAAUGAUAGUGCUUUGCAAAUUCACCUACGCUCCCACACCGGAGAGAGGCCUUAUAAGUGUAAUAUUUGUGGAAACCGGUUUACGACCAAAGGUAACCUGAAAGUCCACUUCCAGCGCCACAAAGAUAAGUAUCCACACAUAAGAAUGAACCCAUACCCCGUUCCAGAACAUCUAGAUAACGUUCCUACUACAAGUGGGAUUCCAUAUGGAAUGUCUGUUCCGUUGGACGAGUCAAACGUACUUGCGGAUAUAAAACCAGUCUUGACAAGCCAUCCCGGCCUGGGAGUGAACAACGGCGUUGCGGAUGCUUCGUUAGGAGCUUUUCCCCUCAACAUGCAAUCCAGGCCGUCUCCUGGAAGUGAAGGGGAAUCCGUCUCAUCUGGAGUUGUUGGUCAUGAAUCUGGAACUGACCAGAGUUUAAACUCUCCAUCUGUAAGUGGAUCGAGUGAGCAGGGUUCAGAAACCAACAAGCUUCAGCAACUGGUGGAGAAGAUUGAUAAAUCAACAUCUGAUCCUAACGAGUGCUUAAUAUGCCACAGGGUGUUAAGCUGUCCUAGUUCGCUAAAGAUGCAUUACCGUACCCAUACCGGCGAAAGGCCUUUCAAGUGCAAGAUUUGUGGACGUGCCUUCUCGACAAAGAGUAACCUCAAAACGCACUAUGGUGUUCACCGAGCAAAUACUCCUCUGAAGAUGCAACACUCUUGUCCUAUCUGCCAGAAGAAAUUCACCAAUGCUGUUGUGUUGCAGCAACAUAUAAGGAUGCACAUGGGUGGUCAGAUCCCCAACACCCCCAUGCCGGAAGGAGCAGGUGAUGACCUUGAUUCUACCAUUGAUGAAAAGAAUGGUGAAUUGAGCAACAGCUUUACCGAUGAAAAUAUUGAUGAUCUUGACAUGGAAGAAGACUUGGAAUCUGCAGAUGCUCCCUUGGGAUCUAAGCCGCCAUCGCCCCAAGGUGAAACUCCUGCAGAUUCUCCAACCGUUGUGUCCCAAGAGAGUGCAAACAUGCCUCCAAGUCUGAAUUUGCAGAGACAAAAUAGUGUAAGGUCUAGUGAAAAUAUGUCCAUGGAAUGUGACGACUUGACAAACGACUCCUCAUCAGUUGGCGAUCAAGACCUUGUUAAUGGAAAGAGCCCUUCACAGCCUGACUCUAGGGCCUUGUCACCAACCAAUAGCCAAGAUGGCAGCCUUCCGUCCAAGUCUCCUCUUUCUUCUAAUGGUAAUGAUGAUGUCGGUAUGCCUAUUAAAGGAGAACAUCAAGAGAACGGCUUCUCUGAUCCUGAUGGAGAUGGGGCUUUAGAUUUGACCAAUAGUGGCCUGGGUCGGAAGAUCAAAGAAGAGCCAGGCAUCCUGCAGAAUGGAGAAUUUGGUAGAAGUGCAACCCUGUAUGCUGGGGCACCACCGGCACUUAUAAAAAUGGAAAAGCCUACAGAACGUGUCAUGGGAACAGCGCAGUUUGUUGGGCCACCGAUCUUGACUCCUGGAAUGACGCCGCUCGUUGUUCCUCAAAGACGUUCAGCAAAGCAGCAUAUCUGUACGACUUGCGGCAAGAACUUCUCCUCGGCUUCUGCUCUACAAAUCCAUGAAAGGACACACACUGGUGAGAAGCCAUUUGCGUGUACAAUCUGUGGAAGGGCUUUCACAACCAAAGGAAACCUUAAGGUUCAUGUGGGAACUCACAUGUGGAAUAACUCUGCUCGACGGGGGAGAAGAUUGUCCAUUGACAGCCAAGUUCCAGCCCUGGGAAACGACAGCAAGAAAGUAGGGGAUAUAUUUCCAAAGUAUCUCGUCCCAUCGUCGGUUAGCAUGGAUCCAACUAUGUGGAACCAGUAUGCUGCGGCUCUUACCAAUGGCUUGGCGAUGAAGACUAACGAAAUAUCUGUUAUACAGACUGGUGGCAUCCCUACGCUGCCAGUCAGCAACGGAGGGGGAUCCAUAAUAAGCUCAGCCACAAUAUCGAACAUUGAUGUUUCUCAGUCUGGAGUAAGUCAAAUGAUGUCAGAGAUGGAGGAAGCAAAUACGGACAGUGCACCAAAACACCAGUUUACUCACUUCAUGGAAGAAAACAUUGCAGUGAACUAAAAUGCGGGACAGUUUCUGGGUCAAAAAAAAAAUGUUUACCUGACUUAAAUGUUGGCCAGAACUCAACAGGGCUGCGGAUAAAGUCACUAGGUCAAUAAUAACUAAAAGGAAGGACUAAGGAAAAACUGAGUCGGCGGCCUUUAUCUGAUGUCUCUUACUUUCCAAGGUCAAAAAAAAAAUGUUUACCUCUCGACGCAAAUGCUUAUCGAGGAUGAAUUUAAAAACUCGUGAGAACGGUUUACCGCUUGUGGUGUUUAAAGGAAAACUAUGCGGGUAGAUAUUUGUGGAGUAACCGCCAUCCUUUUUAGAAGUAGACUUCUAAUGUCUCCAACGUUCAUUUUUUACUCUGAAGACGGACGUCUCCUCCUUCUGUGCAUCGGCUGUCCAGGCUUGACGCUUAUGUCUGUCCAGGUCCGAUGUCUGCACUCUUAAGACUUUUAUUAGUUCUGUCCCUGGCCUUUGAGGAGUUACUGUGUGAAUGUGGGGUUUAAUACUCAAAAUUUGCAGUUUUUUUUUUUUUGUGAAUAUCCAUUUUUAUUUUCUUUAAAGCAAUCAGUAUUAAAUUAUGACCACUUUAACAAUCUACCUUAAUCAUUCAUUUAUAAUGGUUUCAGGAAGAGCUGUUUAAGUUUAUCUACCUCAUCUGUAUAUCCCCAUUCCCUUCUACAGCUGUACAUUAAAUUAACUUUUUUGGGGGGGCGCACCAGGCACUGGAAUUCUUCAAGUUGGACUUAUUGGAUUCAAUUAUCUUCUUCGUUUAAAGACUUGUUUUGAGAUGUGUACAUAUGAGGAAAAGAAGCUUCCGAAAGGCCGAAUUACCAAAUACCAAAACUGUACUUGCACCUGACUUGUUGCUUCUUCAUAUCAUUGCCAUUUUGUGCCUUUCCUGGACUCGUCUGUUUGGACUCUGAUUUUCCUGUUUACAAUGUCGAAUGAAUUCUGAGAACGGUGUAACAGUGCCAUGCUCGUGAAUGUAUUUUGUUUUUUAUUUUAUAGAAGUUUAUGUAGUUGACACCUACUGAAUGUAUUAUUGACUUAAUUUUUUUUUCUUUUAUUUUUAAAUGAUUUUUUUUUUUUCCCACAACACAUGGAAUUUACUACUGAAGAGUGACUGGAUUAAACUGAAAUUGGGAUAAA